AACGAUAAGAAGCAACAUGAUAUAUGCCGCUUUGCCUUGCCCCUAUAAAAUUAUGCCCUGAGAAAAAUGAAACGCGCGCGCCUAGAAGUAUAUAGGGAGAAAAAGCAGUCCGCUGAUUUUCCCACAACUGAGAAUUGAAUGGCAAUUUUUUUUUUGUAGAAAUAUUGCCAGAAUGACUUGAAAAAAAAAAAAAAAAAAUACGCACAACCCCAUACCGUGGGGGAUGCUCCAAAAAGAAAGAAGCAUACCAUUCGUUAUAUGUAUACAAUGUGCCCCCACAUCGGCAGGGCAGAAGAGGAAACACAAAAAAAAGGGGGGGAAUAACAUAACCGAUUUGUUCGUACAUCGCCAAAUUAAUUGGUACCCCGCCGAAUGGCUAGCUCUUUUCUUUCACAUUUAAAAAAAAAAAGGAAGAAAAAACCUGAACAGGCAAGGUAAAACCAAAAUCGCUUUGCAGUUUAAAAAAAAAAUAUAUGAACAGGCAAGGUGAACAAAAUGGGGGUUUACAAAAAAAACAAAACGAAGCAGAACAACAACUUUAUGGGGAGAAGCCUAAUGCGCAACAAGUUGUUACAGAAGGAAAUUUCGGACAACAUUUUAUACUCAAAGAUAGGAAAGGAUGAAGAAAAGAAAGUGAGCAAACAGAUUUCCGUUUUGGAUAAAAAUCCCCUGGACGAUUAUUUGGAUAACCAGCUAGUUAUUAACAGCGUUCAGGUGAGCAAGGUGUUUAUACAGAAAAACGAAAUAAAGGAAAAAAAAAGCUUAAGAGAUAGGGAGAAGGGGAAAGACUUUCAGGAUAUUCAGAACAUCCUUCUGCCCAUCCCCGGCAGGCCAUUUCUUUUGAGGCACCAAGACAAAGUCAACAUAAUUCUGCACGAGAGGCAGAAUGCGCCAGCGAAGAAGAAGAAGAGGAAAAACGUGAAGAAGAUUAGCUUCCUGAUGAGCGGCAAGAGCCUGAUACCGAUUAACGUGCGCAGCGCGAAGGGGGAGGCGGGGCGGAGGAGAAAGGGCCGGCCCGCAAGGAAGGCGGCGAACGGUGAGGUGGGCGCGGAGGGGAAGCGGGAGGAGAAGCGGGAGGUAGACGAGGGGGCAGCUGCGGGGGAAGAUGAGGAAGAAGAUGUGGAGGAAGAUGAGGAGGAAGAUGUGGAGGAAGAUGAGGAGGAAGACGCGGAGGAAGACGCGGAAGAAGAUGCGGAGGAAGACGCGGAGGAAGAUGCGGAAGAAGAUCUAGAUACAGACUCAGACGCAGAAGCAGAAGCAAACGCAGAUGUAGGUGCAAACGCAAACGCAGCUGCAGACGCAGACGCACCGCGGCACCUGAAGUACAUGCGGAUGUACGAGGCGCUCGGGGAGAAGUACCGGCGGCUGAACGUGCAGGAGGUCCUCAACAAGGAGAGCGUGCACAAGUACGAGCUGGAGCACUUCGUCGAGUGGAGGAAGUUGCUGAGCGUCGUGGAAGAGGAGGAGGGAUACAUAAUCACCCCGUAUGAAAAAAACAUAGAAUACUGGAGACAGCUAUGGAGAGUGAUAGAAAAAAGCCACGUUCUCUUCUACAUCAUCGAUGCCAGAAAUCCCCUCUUCUUCUUCUGCCAGGGGUUAGAGUACUACAUUAAGAGGGUAGACCCCCGGAAGGAAUUCUACGUCAUCUUAAAUAAAUCUGAUUUUUUAAAUCACGAGGAGAGGAAAGAGUGGUCAGCCUUUUUUGAAGAGAGGAAAGUGAAAUUCAUUUUUUUUUCCGCUCUGAGGGAGUUGUACCACCAGAAUAAGGUGACCCUUGAGGACUUGCCCCUCCCUCUGCGGGCGUGCUCCGGGGGGGAGCGCUCUCCCACGUCUACGGAGCGGUCUCCCACAUCGACAGAGCAGUCUCCCACUUCGACAGAGCGACCCUCCGUGGCUGCGGAGCAACGGGACGGCGCCAUCGACGUGGGGCACGGGAGCCUCAGCUACGAGGAAAAGAAAAACGACCGGACGGACAUCCUAAGUACCGACGAAGUGGUGAGUUUAAUUCAAAAGGUUAAGGAGGAAAAGAGAGCAGUCUACCACGACCUGGAAAUAGGAGACUACACUAUCCCCAAGUUUACGGUGGGCUUUAUUGGCUUCCCCAACGUAGGGAAAAGCUCCAUCAUCAAUUCGCUAGUUGGGCUGAAGAAGGUGAGUGUAAGUAGGCAGCCAGGAAAGACGAAGCAUUUCCAAACGAUUCCCCUAAAGCGUCAUGGCUUCUCCCUCUGUGAUUGCCCCGGGCUGAUCUUCCCCUCUCUGGUGUUUAGCAAAUACGACCUAGUUCUUAAUGGAGUGUAUUCUGUGGACCACUACAAAGGGAAUCUAACGGAUCUUAUUCAAAUCCUUUGCAACAUUAUUCCUCAUCAGCUGUGUAACAAGUACCGCAUUGAUCGGAAGCUCAUUUGUGAGACUCUGUUAGAUGCACCGGAUGGGGGAAAGAAAAGAACCCAUCAUCAUUUAGAUGCGACUCAAUUUUUAAGUGCCUUCUGCGCUUCUAGAAGGUACGUCUCCGGGGGGAAAGGCGGACUCCUCAAUCUUAACUUUGCCACGAGACUUAUCAUUCGGGACUUCAUCACGGGGAAAUUGCUAUACAACUUCAUGCCGUCUUACCUCGCCCGCAAUGCGCACGUGUACCGGUCGGGCGCCUCGCCAGGGGAGCUGCUCGCGGCCUCCGCGCGGGUGGACCGCGACCACUUCUCGCAGGACCCCCCCGAGCCAGAGGAAGUCCUGACCACCAAGAGGAAGCUCCGCUACAUGCAGAAGAAGCUCGUCAGGGGGAAGAACGUGAUGAAGUUCGCCUCCUAA